AGGGUGUCCUUUUAAUUCCCGCCAUUUCUGAUCACAUUGUUCCCGUAUUUUUGCAGUUUAAUUGUCGUUAUAAUUUUAUAGCAUAUUGAAAGUAUGCCUGGUAUUGGUGAUGAUUGGAUUAACAACCCAUUGGCUAUAAUACAAAACAUCAUAGAUAACAAACAAAAUGAUAAUGGUGUUAAAGAUUACUUCAGCAGUAAGAUGCAAACAAACUAUGCCAUGAGUUGGGUACCAAGUCUGAAUGAUACUCCCCUACAUACACUGAAACCAAACUCUUUAGUAAGAUUUAGAUGUAUGGUACAGGAUAUAUACGAUCCAGAAUUCUACCUUGGACUCUAUCAGGUGAAGGAUUUAGAAACAUCGACAGUAACACAGAAAUCAGGGAUGUAUAAAGACAUUGCAGACUGUUCUAAAUCACAACAGAUAGAUGUAGAAUCCAGUGACAAUGUUACUAUGGACAGACAAACAAUAUAUUGUGUACCAAUACCAGGGGAGACAACAUGGGUAAAAGAGACAUAUGCUGACAAAGCAGGUGUCAAAGUUCAACCAUCAAUGUCACAUGUUCCAGUAAGAAAUAAACGUUCAUUGGAUGAAGAAUCAGAAGAUGUUGCUAUGGAGACUUCAGAACCAAGUGCAAAUACAGAAUCCUGUGAUGCAGCAGAAUCAAAGAGGACGAGAACAGAAAACACACAAGCUCAGCCUCCAAAUGUGGGUCAUGAUUUAAACUUCCCUUUGCAAGGAGAAAAAGGUACAGCUUGUUUGGUCAAGAUUUAUGAUGAUAUUGACAAGUUUAAAGUGAACGAUAUGGUAGAAUUCAUUGGAAUAUUAUCUGUGGAUCCAGCCUUAGCACAAUUUAAUCCUGAAAAUCAACCGGAAGAAUUUGGUAUAGAAGGAUAUCAGCCACCUGUAGAAGAGAUAAAUGCUCAUGCCCCGCCCCCUUCAUUGGUACCAAGAUUACAUGCUGUUUUGUGUAACAAACUGACACACAAUAACCCACUACUGCCACAGAUACCAGACACAGAUGAAUAUAAAGCCAAAUUUCAGCAAAUUGAACAAGAGAUAGAUACUUUGAGAGGGAGAAUAAUGGAAUUAUUGGAACAUGCUCUACUUGGGGACAGUUUAGCGGCAGAGUUUUUUCUAUUGCAUCUAUUAUCAUCUGUGUAUGGCAGAGCCGAUGUGAUGCCUCUAGGAAAGUUUAGUCUAAACCUUAGUCAUUGCCCAGUAACGCCAAAAUAUGGUCAGCUAUUACAAGUGUUCAUGGCAGGACUGCUUUCACAGUCGCAUUUACUCCCCUUGUCGAUAGAAAACAUGAAUUCUUUACGAUUAUGUCCAGAAAAAGACUACACAGCAAACCGUUUAAAAUCUGGAGUCUUGCAACUACCUGAAAGGACAUCAUUAGUCAUAGAUGAAACAGUACUACAACCUGGUCAACUUGAAGCUGGUGGUGUUAAGAACAUGACAGCAUUAGGAAACCUGAUUAGCUGGCAGAAAGUAGAGUAUGAUUUCAGUUACCAUAGACAAGAUUUCAUGGCAAACGUUGCUGUAAUGAUUCUGUCUGAGGCAAAAUCUAUAUUACCUAGUGAUUGUUUACUACCAUUACAAGCCAAAAUAAUGCCAGAAGAUUGGAUAGCACAUUUUAACAUGUUAGAAAAAGGAAUGACAGCAGAAUUGUUGACCAAGAUUCGCACAUACAUCACACUGGCCAAACAGAUUAAUUACUCAUUAACAGAUGAAUUGCAAAAGAUAAUCCAAGAUGACUUUGUAGAGAUAAGAAAAGUUGAUAGUAAAAGCAUGACAGUUGAUGACUUCCAUUCUCUGUUGAGUAUAGUUCGAUUGCUAUCACUCAGCUACUUGAAAUCAACACCUACACAAACUUUAUGGAGAAGGGCCAAAAACAUGGAUUCAGAAAGGAAGAGGAGAAUUAGUUCAAACUAAACAUAUAUUUGAUGAACAAAACAAACAAGACCCAGAAUCAGAAAAAAUAAAAAUGUACAAAUACACAAAUUUAUAUGCAAGGAAAA